AUGCUCUCUGACGAGUUAAAUGAUUACGAAGCGCACGCCGAAAACGAACAAGCAGCAGGUGAAUUCAUCCACGGCAUUGAGGCGGCCAUGAAUAAUCUAUCCAUGGUGGGCUUGGCCAUUAGACAGUCGUGGAAAGCAUCGCGGCAUCAAAGAGAGCCUUUACCCUAUGAUCCAGCAGAGUUCGACGACCAAAGGCAACAUCUUGAGCUUAUCAUACUACGCCGACCCAGCACUAAUGGUAUUCAGAGCCAUGUUGACUCAUCAAAACUGAGUACCGUGCAGCGGCGACUGGUUGACGCGAAUCUAAGAAGACGGCAUCGCUUUGUGCUGGCACAAAGGGCAUCUCAAGCUUUGCAGGAUGAGCCAAAGCUACCACCAGAAUCUCCUUUGUCCGCCACAACGACACAGUGUCCCAACAACACGCAGCCGUCGUUCAGCUUGUACCGGCCAGGAGAUGACGGAACGCAGAGGACGUCAAGCUCAUUAGACCCUGAGUUGCCAGUCAUGGAAAAGGCCGCUCUUCAGCGCCGUUUUUGCAAGUGUCCCUGUUGCUGCCAAACAAUACCUUGCGAAGAGGCGAAAGAUCUUGGGACGUGGAGGCAACAUCUUUUCGAGGAUUUAUCGCCCUACACCUGCUUCGUCGAAGAGUGCCCAACUCCCUGGGUGUUAUUUACUACGAGUCAGGAAUGGGAAGAGCACGUCAAUGCAGACCACCCGUGGCAAUGGGAAUGCCCUCUUUGCGAAGACGUUGAUCUGGUCUACUCGGAGAGAAGUGAUAUUGUGGACCAUUUUCAGGAUAAGCAUGAAGACGAGCUGAGAAACUAUACCUUACCUACGCUCCUAUCCUGGUCUAAAGUACAACGCAUGGGGGUCUCGUCGUGCCCCCUGUGCGACUUCAAGGGAUUUGAAGACUCGACAGAUAUCAUCGUCCAUGUGUUAUGCCACGUCUAUGACUUUUCUCUUCGGGCUCUUCCAUGGGCAAAGACUGGUAGCCGAUCCCUUGAGAAACCGGUAGGAAAACUUGUCCUUCCUAAUGAUGAAGACGCUAGGGCUAGGCUACUCGGAUGGCUCGAAAACAUUGAGGGUGAGCCCAUGGAAGAGCCUCGGGCAUCUGUCUUUUACGAGCCCGCCUCCGCCGGGCCUGCGAACGAGGCCUCCUCCAGCGACGACAUAUGUUAUUUCGAAUACAACGACUACUUCGAACAAAACUCCGUGGACAACUCUUUGAGGCCUCGGGUAGCUUCUUCCAUAGCAGUAAGCCACAAUUCGGAGGAAGGGAUUGGGUACGAAGAGACUUUUGAAGGCUUCGACAGUCAAUCGGCGAUGCUGGACGGGAGCCAGGCCAAGGAAAUAGGGCCAGAAUAG